GCACCAUCACCUUCCACUAACCGACCUCUCUCAUUGCAUGCGUAUUGACCAUAACAUCUUCCUCUUCUAGACAAAAAAACCUUGGCCUAUGCUUACAUUUAAAUGUCUCCAUGCCACCUCCUUUCUUACCAUUAACAUUUCUUUAAUUCAUGUGUCCCAAGAAAUGUAGCUUUCUCAGCUCCAUCUUCCCAGCACUCACCACUAAUAUAAUGGCCAUGUACUCCUCCUAGAAGGCCUUUGUGCAUACGCUCCUCGUUCUCUCUGGAAUCUUGUCUUUCACAUGAACCUCUGCUUUCAUACACAAUGCUGAGACACUGCUCGGGGCAGAAGACACACUCGCUGCUUUUCAUCUUUGUGUGAUCUUACGAAACGAGAGAUGAGUAACUUUGUUGCUCUCUUUAUAGGAAACUGCGUUUCUUGCAUCAGUAUCUCCCCAAGACAGCAGGGUAAAGUUUUGCAGAUUGUGAAGCUUGAUGGGAAGAUAGCGAAGCUCACCGCCCCGGUUCUAGUUAAAGAUUUAUCGACGAACUUGGUUGGCUCGGGGAUCGGCCUUUCGAAGGGAGAUUCAAAGCGGCUUCCGCUGGAUCACGAGCUGAAACUGGGGAAGGUUUAUUAUGUUCUUCCUGCUGCUGCUGCUGCUGCAAUGAGUCCAGGGAGAGUUCCAUCUACUGCUGGCCAGUCAGAACAGAGUGACAGAGUGAAAAAGAGGAUAAAGAUAGUCAUCACAAAGCAACAGCUUCAACAGCUUUUGUCAAAGAGUGUUUCUGUUGAGGAGAUUUUGGCAGGAACCAAGAAAGAAACUUGCCAGGACCGUGGUCUUGAUUCUCCUAGAAACUGGAGGCCUCGGCUUGAUUCUAUCCCCGAAGGUAACAAUUGAUGUCGGCGCUUUAUUUUGGUUUCUGUCAUUGCUACUUGUAACAUAAUUAGUACAAAACAGGCAGAUGGUUGUUCACAUGUAUGAGAUUUCUAAAGAGAACUACAGUCGAUACAUCGAAGAUCAAUACUCUUACCCUAGUUUUAAACCUGACGCUCUUCCAUGUCAAGCAGAAAUGUAUCUAUCAUGAACUUCUCAUGUCUAGCAGAGUCACCCUCGGUGUCUCACCUUGUUGUACUGUGUUCCUAUCAGAUAGUGACUUCAUCAUUUGGUGUCCA